AUGACGUCACCUGCAGUUGUACAACCAUGGCGAUCCGCACUGUUCCUGUUCGCGGUCGUCUGCACGGCCUAUGCCGGUCGGAGCCAUCGUCGAGACGUCAGUACUUACGAUUCACUCCACCUGUACCCGCGACCGGCGUACUUGCCGAUUAUGCCUUACUACGAGGUGGACAUUCCAGAACAGGAAGGGAAAUUUUUCGGCGUCAUGGCGGCCACCCGAUACGAAACCAUUAUCGUCAGAGAAACCGUACGUCCGGUGUGUCUGUACGUGGACGGGAACGUGCCGUCUUGCGAUCACGUGAUUCACAGCAAUCACAACAGCCGCCCGCAGAAAGUCCCGGGACCGGUCAUCUCUCGGCGUCCGCCGGCCGUCGAUUACGAGACGUAUUUCAUCGAACCCAGCAAACCGGACGCGAAGAUCGAGUGA